AUGUCACACUACAUUUCCCGGCAUUCAAAUCGAGCUUAGCUGAGGGACGCUAGUUUGCUAAUAACAAACUUGUGGAAGUGGAGUCCUCCCGGGAUGAGGAGGAGGACGGGAUGAACGCAUCUGGUCUGGCUCAGUCCGGGCCGCCCCUGGUGCUGCCAGGUACCCUGGACAUGGGGGGUGGCGGUAAACAGCAGGCUGGUGCCAGCGGGCUUCUGGGGGGUUCUGCUGUGGCCGUAGGGGGGCUGGGGAGCUCGGAGAUGGAGCUGCAGAAGAUGCUGAUCGACGAGAGGAUGCGCUGCGAACACCACAAGACCAACUACCAGACGCUCAAGGCAGAACACACCAGGUUGCAGGAUGAGUAUGGUCGUGGGCAGGCUGAGCUGCGGAGGCUGUUGAGUGAUAAGCAGUCCUCUCAGGAGAAGCUGCAGCUGCUGCUUGCCGAGCUGAGGGGAGAGUUACUGGACAAGACCCGGCAGAUGGAGGAACUCCGCGUCCAGAUCAUGACCCCCCAGAGGCAGGAGCUGCUGAGAGCUCAGAUUCAACAAGAGCUGGAGGCACCCAUGAGGGAACGCUUCAACAAACUGGAGGAGGAGGCGGAGAAGUUCCGUUCGGAAUACAAUAAGCUGCGCUACGAGCUGACCUACGUCAAGUCAGAGCUGCACCAGCAGAGAGAGGAGCACGCUCGCGUCCUGGAGGAGCGAAAGCUACGCUACGAUGCAGAGGUAGCGCGUCUGGAGCAGGAGCGAGACCAGUUGUCAGCCCAGCUGUCCAGCGGCGACCCGGCGCGUGACGGGCGUCGCGUGGAGGCCCUGCUGAGGGAGAAGGCCCAGCUGCACCAGCGCCUCAAGGGCCUGGAGGCCGAGGUGGCCCAGCUGCGCGCCGAGAGGGACAGCUCCGGCUCGCAGGCCGAAAACGUGCAGCGCAUCCAGAUGAGGCAGCUGGCCGAGUCCCAGGCUUCGGUUAAGGCCCUGGAGGCGGAGAAGCAGUCUGUGAAGAUGCAGCUGGAGCGCGUGGAGACCGAGAUGAACCUCAGUCAGGAGCAGAACACGCAGCUCACCACGCGCCUGCACAAGGCGGAGAGGGAGGUCAACAUGCUCAGCAGCCAGCUGGAGGGACUGAAGCACUCUCACAAGCUGGAGGUGACCAACGUGAAGCUGGAGUGUGUGAGGGCCAAGGGCGAGCUGGAGAGGGAGAGGGACACCCUGCAGAGCCAAGUGGAUGGUCUGCAGUCUGAUGUGGAGGUGCUGCGUGUGGCCGUUGAGAGGAGUAAAGAGCACGUGCUGGAGAGGGAGCGGGAGAUGGUGCGGAGGGUGCAGGCCGCCCGCGAGGAAGAGCUACACAAGAUGGCAGCGGUGCAGGAGGAGAAGCUAGAGCUGGAUAACCGCAUGUCCGAGUUGGAACAGCAGAGGGCGCUGCAGGAGGCGUCAGCUAAUUCCCAGAGGGAGGAGUGGGAGGAGAGGAUCCGGGCCAGCCAACUAGCAGAGGAGGCCGCACGCAAGGAGGCACAGACUCUCAGGGUGAAGGUGCAGCAGCUGGCUACUCAAGUGGAGGAGCAUGAGAGACAGCAGGCAGACAACCAGGAGCUCAGACAGAGGAUCCAUGAUCUGAAUGGCCAGCUGGCUGCCGUGUCCCAGUCAGAGUCAGAGCUGCUGGACACCAACCAGCGUCUAAGGGAGAGCCUGGAGAGGGCACGCGAGGAGCUGAGGAGCACACGCACCCAAGUGGACAAGGCACAGCAGGAGGCCGAGAGGUUAGUGGAGGAUCGUCGUGUGGAGUGGCUGGAGGAGAAGCAUAAGCUUCAGGAGCAGGAGUCGGAGCUGCAGGAGAAGUACAGCCAGGCCAAGGACCGCCUGCAGAGGGCAGCACUCGCACAGAAGAAGAGGAAAAGCAUGACCGAGGCGAAGGAGAAGAAACUCCUGGACAAGAUCCAACUGCUGGAGGCUCGAGUGGAGGAACUGCAGAUCGAAGUCAGCACCACCAAGAAGAGGACGUAUUCUGAGGAGCAUGCCCAGAUGCAGCGUCGGCUGAGAGAGCUACAGCGUCGCCAUAGCGAGUUCCGCCGGCUGUUGCUAGGACACCAGCAGUUCUCCUCCACGCCCAUACCGCCUGCCUCCAUGAUGAUACCCGGAUCAGACACACUCUUCCCAGCCAUGCAGGAUGAGCAGCACCAGCGUGAGCUGUCUGUGCUGCGUCGCCGCCUUGAGGAGCUGGAGUGCAGCCAGCAGCAGCAGCUGGAGGAACUGGGCCCGCCUGCGGACCGGGACCGGGACCGAGACAGGGACAGGGACUUCAGUCUCAGGGACGGUGGCACCAGCCCACGCGACCACCGCGGAGUGGCCCUGCACAGCAGCCUGAGCUCCCGAGACGCCCUGCCUGACCUUUAACCUCCAUUGAUAACCUUUGACCUUUUGAGCUGCGAUGAAGUCAUAGAUAUGAACACUAGGUGCCGUGUUGGUGUGACUGACUGUGACCCAAUUCCAAUCCUGGGUGCCGUUGUCUUUCAUAGAUGUUGUUUUCUGCCACUUACUAGAUAAUGUGCAUAUUGCCUUGCCAUCCAUUGGUGGUAGCGUUAUACUGGCAAAACAUGGCAGACAUCUGACUUGAACCAUUCGUUCCAAUAGAAAGGAGUGGUCACCGCGGUAUCGAGUGUUCAUAUCUAUGCAAUGAACUUUUGUCGUUUGAGCGUAAUGACAUCACUCUAUGACAUUUUCAGUCUUAUGUUUAGGCUGGGGAUGUUGAUGUUUUGAAUAGUUAUUUGUGAUUCUGUUUUGUGUUGUGUUUUGUUUCAUAACAGCCAUCAUAUAUGUGUAUAUGUGCCAAAGCUUGAAGACUUGAAACGAUAUGUACACUUGAUUGUUAGCUACAAGGGUCUUUUAUUCCGUUUUUUUUUAAAUGUGCUUUUAAAUCUUAUCAGUGUUUUAUGUGUUUGCACCUUUUUUAGUCCCUCUUUUACAAUAAUAAUACAUGUUUAUUAGCUGAAAAAUGUCUCCCAGUUUACAUUCAGGGAUUUUAAACUAGCGUGUUUUUGUGUACGUUUGUUGCUUGUUCUUCCACAAAUGGGUCAAGUUCACGAUACAACAGAUUUGUGUAUUUUGGUUGAUACUGGACUUUGGUCUAAUGUAAAUAUGUGAAUUCUAUGGGUGUCUGUAAAUAAAGAUGCAUUUGUA